GGUUUAAUGCAACUUUAGUACUGCAGUAAUUUUUCCUUCAUACGAAUUUUGUUUCGUCCGCUCAAAUUUCAAAACUUACGGGUUUUGCCUUUAUUUGUAUAUGCGAGAUGUUUCGUCUCAACUACAAACAUCGCACGUAUAUAACGAGACCUUGCUCUUAAUAUAAGAGUUCCACGAAACUCACUCGGUUCUGACAUUUCAACGGUCUCGAUUGAGAUUCCAGAAUGCUUCCAUGUCAUUAAGAGAUGAACUUGAGCAGACAGCGGUCAAAGUGACAGAUGCCCAGAGAAUAAACCCUACGCACAUGCUUUUAGCACAUGCUUCUAGCACCUAGCUUGAAGGAAUUAUGUGCAAACGAUAUCGGACAGGAUACAAUAAUUUCCUGCAAUCGCAAUUUUGGAUGGGACAGUUUCUCCGCCUCUCAUAAAUCCCAUCUGUGGGUAAUCUGUGGGUAUUUCAAAAUGGGAUAUGAUCUACAAUAUCCGAUAAUAAUGCUGCGGAGAUUGUGAAAUUGCGUACAAGCAAAGACAAGGCGGAUUUAGACUUCUAGUCCGCUGUCAUUUAAUUUACCACGUAGUGGCAUGAACCCUUUCUGAAAGUUUGUUUUUCUUUUCGACUUCAACCUCGAUCUUCAUCUCACCUACCACUUUCGUUCGCUCUGUUACGAGAUGUUUUUCCUCUGGUCCCUCGUUGUCGGCCUUGCAACGGUCUCUUCAGCUAAAUAUUCAGAUGAUCUGGAUUGUACUGGAAUCAAUGGUAUCAGGCCGCAAUGUGAAUCUCAAGAGUCGUCUUACAAACGCGAUGUCUUUUGGGUAGGAGGGCAUUACGUGAACGCAGCCAUUGGUCUGUUGACCUAUGAUCAGGCGUAUGUCGAAAAGUUGACGCCAAGUAAAGGGAUCAAGAAACCAUAUCCUGUGGUCUUAUUUCACGGCGGAGGAGUUUCCGGUGCAACAUGGCUCAACACACCUGACAAUCGCAAAGGUUUUGCAUCGAUGUUCUUAGACUUGGGUUACCAAGUUUACGUUGUCGAUCAAACUAGUGUAGGGCGCGGAACCCAAGAGGAUCUUGUGGGAUAUCCUUUGAGAAUUGGAUCAACUGCAAACAUUAGUGAGGUUGGGUUUACAGCUCCAGAAAAUGCCGACGCUUAUCCCCAAAGCCAACAACACACACAAUGGCCCGGUACCGGAGUCAGAGGAGAUCCUAUCUUUGAUGCAUUUGAAAGUUCGUUCAUGCCAUUGACUACCAACAAUACUCGACAAGAGAUAUCGAUGCGUGCUGCGGGUUGCGAACUUCUUCAAUUGAUUGGCCCAUCAUUUUUAGUUUCUCACUCCAUCGGCGCAAUCCACCCAAUUGUAAUUUCAGACGAGUGUCCAGAGCUUGUGCUCGGAAAUGUAAACCUUGAACCUGGAAACAUUCCAUUCGAAUCCUACACCGGAAACGCAACAUCGUCUGUUGGAAGAACAGCUGCUCGUCCAUUUGGCUUGACCGUCUCCAAUCUCAACUAUGAUCCUCCAAUUUCCAACUACACCGAACUCGUCACCGAGACUGUCGGUGAGGAUACGCCAGCGAGCAGAUCUUGCAUUCAACAAAGCAGCGCUGCGAACUACACCAUCCAUACUCUCCCCAAUGUAGCCAAAGUUCCAUACGUCGCAUUCACCGGUGAAGCAUCCCCUCACAUCACUUACGAACAUUGCGUCAUUCAAUACCUCAAUCAAGUUGGUGUUAAGACCGAUUGGAUCAAGAUGGCCGAUGCAGGUGUUUAUGGCAAUGCUCAUUUCGGAUUCUUGGAGAAGAAUAACGAAGAAUACUUCAAGGUUGUUGAAGCAUGGAUCAAGAAGGCUGCCAAUGGAAUUGGUUCAUCUGAUUCCGGCGGAAGAUAUUCGUUCUGGAAAGCAUAGUUUGACGAAGAACAAAAACGCUGUAGAAUUAUAAUUAGCCCCCUUGUGGUUUGUACAUAGUUACCAUAAUAUUCUAAUGUCUCCUUUAUCAGAUGUCGAGACAAGACAAUUAAUCUAAUUCAAUUUUUUACCAUUAAAUAGCCACUGGCCUGUGAUCAAUCUUUCUAAAUGGCUUCACAUUUUGAUCACUACGCA